AUGGGUUUUUGCUGGAGCGGGGAGUGUGGCAACAGGCCUUGCUGGGCAGACCAUUAUGUGCCCUGCUGUGCUGGUUGGGUGGGCCCCACCGUGCUGCUCUGCUUCUAUGGUUUCUGCUCCAUGAUGAGGCCCAUAGAGCCCUUCAUGACGGAGUUUCUUACAGGACCUUACAAGAAUCUUACCACUGAACAGGUGACUAGGCAGGUGUAUCCUGUGUGGACUUACUCCAGCCUGGUUCUCCUCAUCCCAGUCCUCCUGCUGACAGACCUCCUCAGGUACAAGCCUAUAAUAAUCCUCCAGGGGCUCGCCUAUGUCACAGCCUUCCUGCUGGCACUACUUGGCUCCGGGGUCCACUCGGCUCAGUUGGCCUUCUUCUGCUACAGCAUUGCCAUGGCAGCAGAUGUGGCCUAUUUCUCCUACAUUUACAGCAUAGUUCAACCCUGCUAUUAUCAGAGAGUGACCAGUUAUGUCAGAGGGGCCAUACUGGUGGGCUACGCUGUGGGUGCCCUGCUGGCUCAGCUGCUUGUGUCUUCAGGUGGCGUGUCCUUGUUCUGGUUAGCUUUCCUAACUCUCAUCUCUGUCUCCAUGGCACUGAUAACAUCCUUUUUUCUGCCUGUGCCUAAAAGUAGUUUAUUUUUUGAGGGGAUACGUUCUGCACAACAUGAAAACUCAGGUGAGGGCGCCCAGGACUGUGAAAGCCAUGACUUUGUCAUCUGGGUGAAAAGUGUGGCAGCUGCCAAGCAUGUUUGGAAGAUGUUCAGAAGGCUCGUGUUGGACUUUGAGAAAUGUUAUUCUUCUGUGGCUGUGGCCUUCUUGUGUCUGUGGGCGGCGACAGGAAGAUGUGGCUUUUACCAGGUUACAGGUUACGUGCAGCUCCUCUGGACACACAUUCAGCCCCAUAACUUCACAGCCUGCAAUGGCGCUGUGGACGCCAUCGGCACUUUGUCAGGAGCUGCAGCCACUGUUGCUGUGGGGCACAUGUCUCUGGAGUGGUCCGUGUGGGGGGAGCUCGUCCUGGGGGCUUUCACAUUCCUGAUUGCUGGGGCCAUAUUCCUAAUGGAUCUGACUGACAGCAUCUGGAUCAGUUACACGUGCUUCGUCCUCUUCAAAACAGUUUACUCACAGCUCAUCGCCAUCUGCACGUAA